AUGUCGCGCAUCACCGCCCCCGUCUCGAAGCUCACCCGCUCCAUCAACUCGGCCGCCGCCGCCAACCGUUCCAGCGGCCUCCUCGAGUCGCACUACAACGUCAACCACGGCGCCGUGCUGAUGCCAAAGUACGCCGAGCUCCUCAAGAACCGGAGUCUCCGCGAGCAUGAUUCUGCCCGCACCCUCACAACAACCCACCGCCCGACCCCGCAACCGACACGCUCUUCCCCUUCCCACCGUCAGAUGCAGACCUUCUCCUCCUCCCCCGCGUCAUCUGCGGGCCCCAUCGCCUCCAUGGACUUCACCACACUCCCUGCGUCUUACGAGCCCCUCCCGGUCAACGAGUUCGCCGGCAUGCGCAUGCCCCUGCUCCCGGACUCGUUCACCACGAAACACCAAUCUCUCUAUGAACAGGUCCCCGCCGCAGAGGACCUUCCCCUCUCGAGGCCCGAGAUCUCCGUUGUCGCGGCCCACCCGGAGAACGUCACCGCUGCCGCCCUCACCGAGGUCGAGGCCUUCGGCGUCGACGGCGUCGAGCUCAAGUGGGCCCACGAGACCGAUGCCGCCGCGCCGGUCGAGACCCACCAGCCUGGCCUGAGAGACCUGUGGAAGGGCCUCGUCGACAACGUCGUCGGCACCCAGCAACAGAAGGCCGCCUUCUAA